CGACCACGAAAACGUGAUUUUUCAUUUUUUUCAACAUUUUCUUAUCUUUUACUAGUUUGUUGACGACUUGUAAAGAAAUAGUCAUGCCUCCAAAGUCGAAAUGUGCAAGUAGAACAGACUGUCAACAGUGUAAAACAUGUUCCUGCGUAAUUGGCGUGAGAGAUUUGAAGAAACACGCCAAUUUGUGCAAAAAUGAUAGUGGAGCAGACAGCUUUUCUGAAGAAAGUGAAGAAGUAGGGUUGUCACUCGGCUCCACAUCAGGAUCGAGGAAGACUCCAGAUGUGUCUCAGUUGUUAUUGGAAGAGCAACAUGGCUUCGUCAAAGGAAGGACUGUCUUCGCGGUUGUUGAAACCCUCGAAAAUGAUGCCCACCUUCCCAAGUCAUCGAAAGAUUCGCUCAUCACAUUAUCACCAGCGGCAAUGAGACUUUGCAACAUAAGUAUAGGCUGUCCUAUUGUUGUAAAUGACAAACAAGUUUGCUAUGCGUGGCCAUGCAAUUCUAUUGCAUUUGCCUCUGCCAGCAUCCCUACCACCUGCAUGGCCAAACUAGGAAUCGCACAAGGAACUGUUGUAAAGAUAGAAACCUUAACUGGAUCAAAAAUAAUUGCUAAUACUUUGACAAUUUAUCCUGUUUGCAACAAGACAUUUAUAUUAUCAAAAUGUUUUGUUGAUUUCAUCCGUGGCAAAUUUCACGGACGGUAUUUCACAGCUGGAAAUGUUCUGUCGGGAAAAUAUUUGGGACAGACGUAUAAGUUGAUUAUUGCUAAGAUUGUUGGCUGUGAUGGUUCUGUGGUUGGUGUAAAGUCCGAGGAACUGGCUGCUGAUAUUAGUGCUGAGAACAGAAGUGCACAGACUACUGACAUCCCAUCGAUAGUAGCUGAUAUGUCUUCCCUCUCACUGAAUGAAUCGAGGCAAGAAACAUCCAGCGAUAUUCUGUUCGCAUCAACUCCAAAGCCAUGCAGUCGAAACAUGCAGACAUCUGAACAGACCCCAGAAGAGGAUGUGAUAAAGAAGGAUUUGUCAUUUGGCUUAAAUGAUUCUGUUUUGAACAGAAACUUCUCUACACCGAAGAAAGCACUGCAAAUGUCCAGCGACAAAAGACAGUUGUUUUACACUCUGGAGAACAGGACUGUAUUGAAUAUUACAACACAUUUAGAUGAUGAGGAUUUAGGAAGAAAAGGACAACCUAUGGCCAAGGUCAAUGUGGAAAUGAUCGGUGGUCUGGACAAGGAAUUGGAAGCCAUCAUGGAGGUGAUAAGUCUUCCCCUGGAUCAACCAGGCUUGUUUCAAGCACAUGGUCUUCCUGCCCCAAAAGGUGUUCUCUUAUAUGGACCAACUGGGACUGGUAAAUCACUCAUCAUCCGAGCUGUAGCAAAUCAAGCCAAGGCACAUGUGAUAUCAGUCAAGGGACCUGAAAUAUGGAGCAAGUUUUAUGGAGAGUCAGAAGCCAAACUUCGAGCGAUCUUUCAAGAAGCAACCGAAAGGGCGCCAUCUUUGAUUGUUAUUGAUGAACUGGACGCGAUGUGUCCCAAGAGAGACAGUGUCCAAAGUGAGGCUGAGAAACGUGUCGUUGCCACACUGCUGACGCUUAUGGAUGGACUAGAUAUGUCACAUACGAGACAUCAUGUCCUUGUCCUUGCUGCCACCAACAAACCAGAUGCUCUCGAUCCCGCAUUGAGGAGACCUGGUAGAUUUGACCGUGAAAUUGAAAUUCCUGUGCCUUCAGUUAAACAGAGAAAAGAGAUCUUACAGAAACUCCUGCUGCCGCUCCACACAAGUGUAUCAGAAGAAGAUAUUGCUAGAAUGGCAGAAAAUGCCCAUGGAUUUGUUGGUGCCGACCUUGCUGCAGUCUGCAAAGAGGCCGGUCUACGUGCUGUGAAGCGGGAGAUAGCACAAGCAUCGGAGGCAUUUACUGUCGAGAAGGACGACUUUCUGUACGCUUUGAAGGCUGUUCAGCCCAGUGCUAUGAGGGAGGUUGCUAUUGAUGUACCAAAGGUGUUAUGGACUGACAUUGGAGGACAAGCUAACUUGAAACUAAAGCUGAAACAGGCUGUGGAAUGGCCCCUCAAGCAUCCAGAGGCAUUUGAGAGGAUGGGCAUCCAACCGCCUAAGGGCCUCCUCAUGUACGGUCCACCUGGAUGCUCCAAGACAAUGAUCGCAAAGGCGCUGGCUACAGAGAGUGGGCUCAACUUUAUAGCUAUAAAGGGCCCCGAGUUAUUCAGUAAAUGGGUCGGCGAGUCUGAGAAGGCAGUGAGGGAAGUUUUCCGCAAGGCUCGGUCUGCGGCCCCAUCUAUUGUCUUCUUUGACGAAAUUGAUGCCUUGGCGGUCGAACGAGGCAGUGGAUCAGGUAGUCACAAUGUUGCCGAUCGUGUUCUAGCGCAGCUGCUCACAGAGAUGGACGGCAUUGAAAAGUUGAAGGAUGUGACGAUUAUCGCAGCCACGAAUAGACCGGACAUGAUUGACAAGGCCUUGAUGAGACCAGGCAGAAUAGACCGCAUUGUCUAUGUUCCUCUGCCUGAUGAGGAGACGCGGCGAGAUAUAUUCAGAAUCAAGUUCCGUGAUAUGCCCGUUGAUGAUGGAGUGGAUUUGGAGGAACUUGUGGUGAAAACGGAGGGAUAUUCUGGUGCUGAGGUGACAGCGGUGUGCCAUGAGGCAGCAUUGUUUACUUUACAAGACGACAUCAACGCAAUCGCUAUCAAGAGUGAGCAUUUCCACCAAGCUCUGGCGGCGGUGUCACCCCGGACUUCACCACAAAUGAUGGCGUUCUAUCAGGAUUAUCAGAGCAAAUUUGGACUCAAAGCUGUAUGAUAUGUUGUUUAUGUUGUCCACUUUGGUUAAGAAAAAUCAUUUUUGAACGCCUGUGACUCCAAUAGUUUUCCUUGUAUGUCCAAUUGAAAUGUUUUAAAUCAUCUUUCAACUUUGUGAGCACAGUCCAUGU